GUGUCAUAGCUUUAUGAGUGUUGCAUACAGGCCGGUUCAGAUAAGAGUCAUUACAGCUCUGCCAAAAGAAGAAGAAGAGUAGAGUCACUACAGCUCUGCCAAAAGAAGAAGAAAAGUAAGAGUUAACAAAAUUGUUGUAAAGAUGGCUGGUUAUGGACCUGGUGGUGGAGGAAGAGGAGGAGGACCUGGCUUUGGAGGUGGUGGCGGUGGAGGACCUGGGCAAGGAGGAUUUGGUGGUGGUGGAGGAGGGCCUGGUUUUGGAGGAGGUGGUGGUGGACCUGGUGGUGGUGGAGGAUUUGGUGACGCUGCUGGUGGUGGAGGAUUUGGUGGUGCUGGUGGUGGGGGUGGAGGUGGUCCUGGUUUUGGUGGGGGUGGUCCUGGUGGUGGAGGUGGCUGGGGUUCACAUGGUGGUGGUGGGGGUGGCCCUGGUGGGGGAGGUGGUUGGGGUUCACAUGGUGGUGGUGGAGGUUUUGGACAACAAGGUGGUGGUGGGGGUGGCCCUGGCGGUGGAGGUGGCUGGGGUUCACAUGGUGGUGGUGGAGGUUUUGGUCAACAAGGUGGUGGUGGAGGUGGCCCUGGAUUUGGUGGUGGUGGAGGAGGAGGUUUUGGUCAACAAGGUGGUGGAGGUGGUUUUGGUGGACAUGGUGGUGGCGGAGGUGGUUUUGGAGGACAAGGUGGUGGUGGAGGUGGUCAAGGAGGAGGUGGUUUUGGAGGGCAUGGUGGAGGCCAAGGAGGAGGUCAAGGAGGAGGCCAAGGAGGAGGAGGUUUUGGUGGGCAUGGUGGUGGAGGUGGUUUUGGUGGACAUGGUGGUGGCGGUGGUGGUCGAGGAGGAGGAGGAGGUGGUGGUGGCCGAGGAGGUGGUGGCGGUGGUGGAGGACGACGCUAAAUGUUAAAUUUUCUUAGCGAGAUGGUAAUUUAAUGGAAAAUAUUUUUAUGUCUAUAUUAUGUGAUUUUUUUACUUAGGUAGGAGAUUUAUAGUAUAGAUUAAGGGCUUACUUGUAUAUAUUAAAGAAUUUUAGCAAGGCUGAUUUGCGAACCAAAUAAAUAUGUACGUUUCAUAUUAA